UAUACAUUAAAAUUGUGCAUUAGAAAAACCUAACACCUGUGUAGAAUAGAAUGAGUGAGACGCGUGAACAGAUACUUGAAGAAAUUAAAAAUCAGGGCGAUUUAGUUCGUAAACUUAAAGCGGCCAAGGAAACCAAAGAAAGGCUAAACAGCAAAAUUCAAAACUAUUCCAAAACAACAAAUCCUUUACCUACCCCAACAACUGUGUAAAUUAACAAUUAAUAGACAAAAACAACAACAACAAUAACAGUAAAGUGAAGACAGCAUGCCGGAAUAUUUAAAUGCCAUGACCGGUCGUUUUAAGAAUGCCAAUGCCAGUGGUGGUGUUACAACGGUAACACCGCCGGCACCCUUCGAUGCGAGCACAAUGAUCUACGAGACCAUGCAACAAACACAACAAUACCAACCACAAUAUCCGCAACUAGAAUUACAACCGCAAAAUAUGGGCAAUGUCAUGCCGAAUGUGAAUACUUUCGAUUAUAUGGGUUAUGCGCCGGUAUCGGCACCGGUUCCCCCACCAGCGGCGGUGAAUGAGCAUGAAAUUGAGUUUCUCAAUUGUCGUCCCAGACGCUACAAACGCACCAAACGCACUUAUACGAAAAGAAAAAAUAAAACAACACCAACUAAACAGCAAAACAACGAGAAAUCGCAAGCAACAACUGGUGCAGCAGCCACAACAAAUACCAAAGCAAUGCAAAUGCCGUCGAUCGCGAAUUCGCCGAAUGUACAAAUGAGCUUUAAGAUGAUGACUAUGGACAUCACCAAAACGGAACCCAACAUGGGUCCAAACAAUCCACAGAGCGCGCAAAAUCCCAACAACGGCAAUGGCAAUCCCAAUAUUGGUAAUCCGAAUGGCAACAACAAUGGCCUCACCACCGUUAGCGCUGUCGGCAAUGCGAAUAGCAAUGCCAACAACAAUAACAACGGCAAUGGCAGUCAGUUGUGCGCCGGUUGUGGCAAACAUAUACAGGACCGUUAUUUGUUGCGCGCCCUGGAUAUGCUGUGGCAUGAGGAUUGCCUCAAAUGUGGUUGUUGUGAUUGCCGUCUCGGUGAGGUGGGCUCUACGCUCUACACCAAAGGCAAUCUGAUGUUGUGUAAACGCGAUUACUUGAGAUUAUUUGGCAACACUGGCUAUUGUGCAGCCUGCAGUAAAGUCAUUCCGGCCUUCGAGAUGGUCAUGCGAGCGCGCACAAAUGUCUAUCACUUGGAAUGUUUCGCUUGUCAGCAAUGUAAUCACAGAUUCUGUGUUGGCGAUCGUUUCUACCUGUGCGAGAAUAAGAUUCUCUGCGAAUAUGACUAUGAGGAACGGCUCGUCUUCGCCUCAAUGGCCAAUCAUCCGAUGUUGAAGCGACAUGCCAGCGCCAUUGGACAGGGCUCACCGACCGGUGCGGGUGGCUUGAUGGGCGGCGGUAGUCCCGGUGGGCCGGGCAGUGUGGUGCAGAACGGACCGCGUACACCGGGUGAUCACAACAACAACAACGGUCCACAAACCGGCCCAGGCGGUUCACCGUUCGGCGUGCAGGCGGCCGCAGCAGCGCAUAUGAAGAACUCGCUGGGCGCGUCUAGCUAAAAUAAAGCUUUGGCCAUGAUUGCCGGCGGUGGCAGUGGCGGCGGCAGCAGCGUCGGCAUCGGUGCCAACGUCGGAGCCACCAGCGUCAGUGGGUGCUAUUAUAACAAUGGUUUGAAUGGUGUUGGUGGCGGUGGUGGCAGCAGCGGUAGCGGAGGACCCGGUGUUGGUAUCGGCGGUCUCGGUGGCCCUGGCGGCGUUGGUGUGGACGGCGGCUGUAAAAGCUACCAAAGAAAAUACUACGACAUAAAUUGACUGAAUGGUGUGGGUGGACGGGCGGGCGGUUGUGUCAAAAGCAGCAGAAAUCAGUGAAGUUGUGAAGCGACAUAGCUAAAAAGUAUAAUUUAAUGCCACAUACAUACGAGUACACAUGUAAGUGGUGUGUGUGUAUGUGCUGACUAUGCGUGGUUGUUGAGACAUGUGUGUGUGUGUGUGUUUGUAAUUUUAUUGACUCAGUUAUUAUUUAACGCGCACACUUUCCUUUUAACCGUUAUGUAGCAUGAAGUGGAAAGUGUGCUUAGCAAAGAAUUUAGUUUUUAAGUUAAAUACUUAGCAGGACAAUAUUUAAUUUUAAUUUAAAAUAUAAUUUAGCUAUUAUUGUUAGUUUUAAUAUUGCAUAUGUAUUACAUUAAUAUAAUUUGAAAAAGAAACAGCAGCAAAAUGGAAAAUAUUCGGUGUGCUUUAACAUGGAGUUUGCAAAAAUAUUUGUUAGUGCAAUGUGAGAUUGGAGAUUUUGAGAAACCAGAAAGUGUUAAAGAAAUUUCUUUUGGACAAAAUUGUUUGAUGAAUAAGAGAAAAGUGUGCCAAAAAUAUUUUAAAAUAAAUUAAAAUUUUAAAAUUAAUUAUUUUUUUAGUUUAUAUCAUUAAAAAAAAACUUUUUUGAGUAUCGUUUUAGAAUUCAACUUCUAUAUUUUGGUUUACAUUUUUUUUUUUAAUUUUUCUAUUUUUUAUUUUCUGAUUUUUUAAUUUAUUUGAAUUUUAAAUUAUUUUUAUUUUUUAUUGUCCUAGUAUUUUUGUUAUUCUUGCAAAAAAUUCACAAUAAAAUAUUUAGCUCAUUCAAUAUUGUUAGACAAAUGUUGCACAUGAUUUUCCUACACAACAUUAUUGUAUAAAACAUAUGUAUGCCUUUUAUUAUACUAGGUUCACUGAAACAUUUUUAAUAAUAUAAGCAACAAAGUUUCGCAACAUUUUUGUGUUAUGAAAUAAUUCAGUGAUUCUAUUUCUGAAUUUUUAAUUAUUUUUUCCAGUAACAAUGUUGCACAACAUUUUCAUUAAUAGUAGCAACAAUGUUUCGCAAUAUUUCAGCAAUUUUAUUUUUGGCAACAGUACUACAAAUAUUUUGCUCAGCUACAAUGUUGCACAACAUUUUCGAUAAUAUAAACAGUAAUGUUUCGUAACAUUUUAGUUUCUGCAAAAAGUUAGUAAUUUUAUUUCUGGCAACAGCACUUUAAACAUUUGUUUCCAGUAACAAUGCUGGGCAACAUUUUCGAUAGUAAAUAUAAGCAGCAAUGUUUAACAAAAUUUUUUGUUCUUCAAUAAUUCAGUAAUUUCAUUUAUAGCAACAGCAAUUUAAAUAUUUGUUCCCAGCAACAAUGCUGCGCAACAUUUUCAAUAAUACGAGCAAAAUAAGUCGCAACAUUUUCGUUCUGCUACCAUUCAGUAAAUUUAUUUCUGGCAACAGCAUUUUAAAUAUAUUUUCCAGCAACAGUGUUGCGCAACAUUGCCAAUAAUACUAGCAACAAUGUUUCGCAACAUUUUCGUUUUGCAACUAUUCAGUAAUAUUAUUUCUGGCAACAGCGCUAUAAAUAUUUUUUCCCAACAACAAUGUUGCACAACAUUAUCAACAAUAUAAGCAAUAAAGUUGCUCAACAUUUCGUGUUGCAAUAAUUAAGUAAUUUUAUUUCUAGCAACAGCACUAUACAUAUUCUUUCCAGCAACAAUGCUGUGCAAUAUUUUCGAUAAUAAAAGCAACGGAGUUUUGCAACAUUUUAGUAAUUUUAUUUCUGACAAAAACACUUUAAAUAUUUGGUAGCAGCAACAAUGAAGUAUAAAUUUUCGAUAAUAAAUAUAAGCAGCAAUGUUUCGCAACAUUAUCGCAUUUUGCAACAAAUUAGUUAUAUUAUUUCUGCAACAGCAAUUUAAUUAAUUUUUCCAGUAAUAAUGCUGCGCAGCAUUUUCAAUAAUACUAGCAAAAAAUAUUCGCAACAUUUUCGUUCUGCAACCAUUCAGUAAUUUUUUUUCUGGCAACAGCACUUUAAAUAUGUUUUCCAGCAACAAUGUUGCACAAUAUUUUCGAUAAUAUAAGCAACAAUUUUGCACGCUUUCCAAGAUAUAAGCAACGUUUUUAAGAAUAUAAACCACAAUGUUGCAUAACAUUUUCAAUAAUAUAAGCAACAAUGUUGCGCAACAUUUUCAUUAAUGUAAGCAACAAUGUUGCGCAACAUUUUCAAUAUAUCAACAACAAUUUUGCUAAACAUUUUUAUUAAGCAACAACAUUUUUUUGUUAUUUAACAAUUCAGUAAUUUUAUUUCUGGCAAAACUUUUUCCUAGCAACAUGUUGCUUAUGCAAGCUCGAACUACUUUUAUAAGAAAUUAAAAAAAAAAAAUAAACUAGAAGAUUUUUUGAUCGUGGACUCAUCGAUAUUUAGUUAAUUUAAACUUAAAGCGUUUUAUUAAAAAAAAAAAUUAUUAAUUUCCAUCGGCAACUCCAAUUUCACUAUAUCACUUAUCAGAUUUCUAGAAAUCGUUCAGUUUGUUACUAAGUUAAUAAAAAAUAUCCAAUCUAAUCUCACAACUGCAUAUGUAUAUGAAAAUGCAAACAAAAUGUUGUUUUUUAGUCAUCCCCACCGAACUGUAUCGACUCAAGCUUAGUUGAUUUACAAUUAAAUUUGUAAAUUUAUUUAUACAAAAAAUAAUAAUAUUCAAUAACUAAUUUAAGUUAAAUUAUAUUGUUUAAAGGCUAAGUGAGCUGUUUUCUAUUAUUAAGUAUUACAAGAAAAUGAAAAAAAAAACAAAAAAUAUUUAAAAAUUCAACUGUAUAUAAAACAUAAAUUAAGCACGGCUGGUAUGAGACCAUAUGAUUUAUUAACUAUUAUAUAAACAAUUAUAUAAAUAACACUGAAAUUUUGCUAUAAAAAAAAAACUUUCACGCCUACUUUUGCAUUGUGUACGAAUGUUAUGUGAAGCGAGGAAUUGCAAAUGAAUUGUUGAUUAUUUUUUAAGUUUAGUUUAGUGUGAGGCUAAAUAAAUUGUAUGCGAGCAUAGUUUGAGAACAAAACAAAAAAAAAACAAACAACAACAAUUACACAAUACAAAACAUUCAUACAUAAAGAUGAAUGAAAACGAACUGUCAUGUGUGCGAAUAUUAAUAUGGAAGAAGAAACAACUAUUUUUAAAUAUUUAUGCUAUAAGUGUGUGUAUAAUUUAUGAAAAAUAUAAAAUUAUAAUAUUAAUUAUAAAUGAGUAUGAGCGAAAGUUAUGUGACAGUAGCGAAGAGCAAAACUACAAUACAUACAUACAUACAUAUUACAGUUCUUUGUUGUAUUUUUCAAAAUAUAAUUAAUUAAUUACUUCAUAAUAUAUAUGCCGUAUGAAUAACUGUAAAGAAAUUUUAAACAUAAAAAACUAGCAAUAUAUGCGAAUAAUAACAGGAAUUGUAAAGAAAGAACAAGAAAUCUCAAUAUAUUGUAGGCGCAGAUUUAUUUGUGUGGGUGUGCUACGGAACAGCCGAAGAGUGGACUAUAUACUUUUCAGAUUAUGAAAAAAAUAAAAAAAAUUACAAAACAGUUAUAGCUUAAAAUAAACCAACAAAAAUCAAAUAG